UACAUCUUCACUUGAGUUUCUAGCUGUAUGAUUGUGUUGUUAGAUUCUGAGUUUCGAAGAAAAUGAGCACCAAGUGGAGAAUAUGAUCCUAAAUUAUCUAACAUUUAAUAAGGUUAUCUUCACUCCUCAGUAAUAAUCAUUAGGAAUCUCAGCCUAAAUAUGUCCCAUCUAAUUUUCUGCUAACAACAACUCGCUUUCACACAAAAACCAUGAACGUAUGGUCUACUAGUAUUAUAAUUUCUAUAGGCCAUACUACCUUUUAUACAGUAUAAAAAUAUGAUCCAAGUCCUCCAAGCCCUGCAGAGGUUGCAAUUGCUUACAUUUGCAGAAGUUUUUUUCGCAACCUAUUCCUCAGCUCUCGGCUUUCAGCUUUUGUUCAGAAAAUGGAGAAGAAAGGCAAUACAUGUCCCAUUGGUAUGUGUAAAAAGAUGUACAAGAAAGUUACUGUCACUCCUGCAUUCCAGACAAUUCGUCGCAUUUCGCAUCGCCUGCAGCCGCCUAGGUAUGCUAGUCCUUCCCCAUCAUCUCCCUCUACGUACACUACUGCUAUUCAAUCCAAACCUCCUGCAGAUUCUUCCUCAAAGAAUCGCAAGAGUAAGGAAACAGCGGGAAUAAUGGUCCCCAUCAAUUUUGAAUACUCAAUCCAGCCACCACUUGGGAACACCCAAGUUGCAAAAACUGGCCACAAGAAUGAGGCUGAAGCUACAGCAACAAAAAGGAUUCCUGCUCAAGUGAUUACGGAAGAAGGUGGGAGAUCAGGAGCCCACAUUGAAGAAAGAGUUACCGAGUAUAUUAAUCGUGCAAAGAGUCGGAUCAGAAGGACCAUCUCAUCAAACCACCCUGGUGAAGGAAAGAAGGCGCCAUCAGGAGGAAAUAAUAAGUUGACAGAUAAUGCUGCUGCUGCUCCAGGGAAAGAUAAGUUUACAGAUUACAUUGAGCGUACCAAAAAGAAGCUUAGAACAACUUCAAGUAUGGGUGUUGGCAAGAGAAACUCUUCCAAAUGAAGAUCAAGAACUAAAUGAAGGCUAUACAUAUACACUGCAAGGAAUCUAAAGUUUCCAAAUUACAAGGUCAUUGAUAAAUAAUUUAAAAUGGUUUUCUGUUUCUAUAUGUUUGUGGGUGAAAUCAUUUUCAAAAUGUGUUUGUUAUUAAUUGUAUUCAUUGGAUAAUUAUAUUUUUCAUGUACUAAAAGUCAUCUUUUCGAUUA